AUGUCGCGCUUAAAAACUGCCUAUGAGCAGUCGAAGGUAAUAGGGCCCCUUUAUACAGGAGGUCCUGUUGCUCUAGCUUCAGAUGGUCUACAUAUUAUAUCUUGUGUUGGAGAAGAGGCUCUUCUGACGCGCCUUAGUGACGGACAAGAAUUGCGUCGGUUCAUAACUGAUUCCGAGACGAUUCAUUCGUUAUGCUUAACACCCUCUGCAUCGCACUUGGUGAUCUUCACAGGGUCCUUAAGCCUGCACAUAUUCGAGGAUCCUUUGGCACCUCCCUCCUCAGCAAACAACACUGUCCAUCCUACUCGCGUCAUACACAAAGCUCAUGAAGCUCCUGUUCACGUUUGCAAAGUGGAUCCUACGUCAAGUCUUUUAGCAUCUGGAUCUGCGGAUGGUGUUGUAAAGGUCUGGGAUAUCCGUCGCGGACACAUUACGCACGCUUUCAAAGGUCAUGGUGGGGUAGUCAGUGCGCUCGUAUUCCGGUACACCCACGACACGAGCUCAGUGGUCGUUACGGAGCCAGAACUACACCUAAUUACUGCUUCUGUGGACACACGAAUACGGAUAUUCGAUUUGUCUCCGGCUUCUUCACGUCAGGGAAGCGGGAAGCCAGUUGCCGUUCUUGAAGGACAUUCAUCUGUUCCUCGCGGACUAGACGUCACCCCUGAUGGGAAAUGGCUACUCAGCGCAGGACGUGAUUCAAUUGCUUUGCUCUGGGAUCUACAUGGUAACUCCACUUCCAGCAAGAAGAAAGGGGUAAAGCGAGGAAUUCUUUCGUCAUCCCUUUCCCGAACUAUUACAAUCUUGGAGCGGGUUGAGGCGGCGGGUUGGGUGGAUAAUGAAGACGGCGCUCUCCAUUUCUUCACUGCCGGACAGAAGGGCAUAGUCAAGAUCUGGGACGCACGUAGUGGGUCGAGUCUCUGUGCAUUGAACGAGGCGGUAGAAGAGAAUGAAGAGGAACAGAGAGAGAUCGUAUAUGCUAGCUGCAUCCGCGACAAAUCAAUCAUCAUGACCGUUCAUGCAGAUCAGAAUAUUCUUCUGUUUUCUGUAUCAAGCAGGUCAUUAAUCCAGCAGCUCAUUGGUUUUAACGACGAAAUAGUUGCUGCAUCAUUCUUGUCUUUUAGUACUCAAGACUCGCACAUUGCUAUCGCCGCAAAUUCAUCACUUAUCCGAAUCUACUCCGUUGAAGGGAACGAUGCCCGCUUAUUACCAGGGCAUUCAGGGAUAGUACUGUCCCUCUGUAGUAGCGCGAAGAAGCGGUUUUUAGCGAGUGGAAGCAAAGACAAGUCGGCGCGGCUCUGGACGUUCUCGAAAGUCUUGUCAGCGUGGCUAAACGUAGCUGUUUGCGAGGGUCACGCAGAGAGUGUGGGUGCUGUAGCUUUAUCGCGGAAAUACUAUGGUGCGGACCCAGAUCGGGAAGCACCCCGUUUCAUGUUCACUGGAAGCCAGGAUAGGACAAUAAAAAUGUGGGACCUUUCCCCGGUAUCAUCAACGGUCGAUUCGACUACGAACGUUCCUGUACGAUGUAAAAGUCUUACGACGCACAAAGCUCACGAGAAGGACAUCAAUUCGCUAGAUGUAUCUCCUAAUGACAGGUACCUUGCAUCAGGUUCCCAGGACAAGACGGCGAAGAUCUACGAAAUCGUGUAUACCGCUGAUGGCACGCGGGGAGAAAUCAAACUACUCGGUACGUGCAAAGGACACAAGCGAGGCGUUUGGACGGUGAAGUUCGGACAUGUAGAAAGAGUCCUGGCGACGGGUAGCGGUGACAAGACUGUCAAGCUCUGGAACUUGGACGACUUUUCUUGUGUCAAGACAUUUGAAGGGCAUACGAAUUCAGUCCUGCAAGUUGAAUUUUUAAAUCAGGAUAUGCAGAUUGCCAGUGCUGCUUCGGAUGGCUUGCUCAAGCUCUGGAACGUUCGUACUGAGGAGUGCGUUUCGACGAUGGACAACCAUGAGAACAAGGUCUGGGCUUUAGCCGUCAGUUCAGAUGAAUCGAUGAUAGUAACCGGUGCAGCCGACUCAGUUAUCACACUGUGGAGGGACUGCACAAAAGAAAAACAACUGGAGCGGCAGGCGGGUCUGGAGAAGACAGUCCUCCAGGAGCAAGACUUCUCGAAUUACUUGGCCAUGAAAGAUUAUCAGAACGCCAUCUCACUCGCACUUGCAAUGGAUCGGCCUGGGCGGCUCUUAUCGCUCUUCAAGCAGGUCAUUUGUCCCGACGUACCUGAUUUGAACUCCAUAGAGGUUGGCUCAGUUACUGGUAAAACUAGCGUCGACAUGGUGCUCAAGAAACUUCCCGCAGUCGAACUUGCUUCCCUCUUACGACACGUCCGAGAUUGGAACGCAAAUGCUAAGACCAGCCCAGUUGCUCAAGGGAUCUUGAAUGCCCUGUUCAAGCUGCGAACCGUCGAUGACAUCGCAGAUGCACUCCAAGCGAACAUUUCGUCAACGCCUUUCAAAUCUAUCUCUGGCUCUACGAAUAGCACCCUUUCUCUCAAUGAGUUGAUACAAACUUUGAUUCCUUAUACGGAACGGCAUCUUGCACGGCUAGACCGCCUUGUCCAAGAUAGCUAUGUUCUGGAUUACGUCCUCGGAGAGAUGGAUGGUGGACUAAUUGUCGAAGACGACGGUAUGGAGAUCGAUUUAUGACAACUGUCGCUCAGAAAAGUACGCUACCGAUGUGGUCACUUAGAUUAGUAUUGUUCAUUUUCUUAAAGCAAUCGUGCUUUGAGAAGGUUCGUGUACUUCAGCAAAUCCAAUGUUUC